CAAAAAGAGGCGCCAUCUGCGCGUUUGAGAGAGCCCAGUGACCCAGGAAGGCCAGCAGCGCUGUGCGACAGCGCGCAUCUCGCGCUGCCAACUGGUGUCCACGUUGCGCAGCGCUGGAGCCAGGAUUUGCAUGCGACCGGCUCAUAGCCAGUCUUAGGCCAGGUGGACAGCGGCGAGCACCAGCGCCGGCGCCUGCGCGAUGGCGACCCGCGAGCUCGAAGCCAUCCUCGUGCGCCUCGGCUUGACCCGCUACCUGGAGAAUUGCCGGCGCGAAUGCAUCGACGACGACUGCCUCGACACGCUCGAGAGAGAUGAUAUUAGGGAGCUUGGCCUGCCGAUCGGUCCUGCGCGCAGAUUUGAGGCCGCGCUCGCCGACCGCCGGAGAAGCCGCGGCUCGGCGGAAGUGUCUCCCGUGACGCCCUCGCCGGCGGCGCCGCGACGACCCGAGCCCGCCCAGCCGCCCGCCGCCGCCGCGCCGCCACUCCCGGCGCCACCGCGCGACGCCUCCGGGGAGACGCUCUGGCCGACGGGGCCGCCGGGCGAAGGCACCCUGUGCGAGAUCUGCAUGGAUUCGGCCGUCGCGGUGCGCCUCGAGUGCUCUGGCGCGCACGAGUUCUGCGUCGACUGCUUGGAUAGGUGGGCGCAGCAGACCGCUCUUAAGGCACAAGCGCACACCUCGUGCCCUACGUGUCGAGCGCCAGUCGUCAAGGCCGUCGACAUCGCGACUGGAGCGCCGAGACCCCUCACCAAACUGGUGACCGCGUGGGGCGGCGCCGGGACGCCGGCGGCGCGGGCUCGGCAACGUAUCGAAGCGCUCGCGUUCGCCGAGCGGCGGGAGGCGGCUGAGCGCGAGCGGGCCGCCGCGGCGGCGCUGGCCGAGCGCGAACGCGUCGCGGCCGCCGCACGCGCUGCUGCCGAGGCGGCCGAGCGCGAGCGCCGGCGACGGCAAGCGCCGACCGCGAUCCUGCGGCGCGAACCGACGCCGCCGCCGCAAAACGCCGAGGUCGACGCGGCCGCCUUCGCGCGCGCGCUCGCCCCCUGGGUCGCCUCGAGGGGCGGCCGCGUCGCGGCGACGGAACUCUCGCAGUUCUACCGAAGCGAGGCGGCUGGCGGCCUCGUGAUCCCCAAGAAGGGCGCACUCAAACUCCUCCAGCCCGUGGCCGCGGCAGCGGGUUUGCGCGUCUCUCAGACCACCGACUCCGCGUACGUCAUCGAGACCGCCCCGGCGCCAAGCCCUGAACCAAGCGUGUCCGGCGGAACUGCGGUCGCCUUCGCGCGCGCGCUCCGCGGCUGGAUCGCUUCUCGCAAAGGUGGCCGGAUCGAGGCGAACGAGCUCGCGGAGUUCUAUAAGAGUCCGGCGGCGCGCGGAAGGGGCGCGCUCGCCAUUUCUAACCUCGGCGGUCCCCUCAAGCUCCUCCGGCCCGUGGCCGCGGCGGAGGGCCUGCGCAUCGUGCAGCGAACUAAUGGACAGCAUGCUAUCGAGGUCGUCGCGCCGACGGUCGGCGCCGCGGCGCCGCCGGCGUCCCUUCGCGCCGUGGAGGGCGAGAUCCUGGCCGUCGUCGACGACCGCGGCGGCCAGAUUGCGUUCGGAGAACUCGCGGAAGCCUACCGAAAGGUCCACGGCAAGGCCAUCGACUACCGCGCGCUGGGCUUCGAGCGGCUGAGGCUGCUCGUCGAGCACCUCCCGGGCAUUGACUUCGACCCGCGCGUCACGUCAAAGCCCGUGCACGCUGUCCUACGCCGCGCCGUGGCCGGCGACCAGCCGACGACGCGCGACGCCCGCGGCACGGCGCCGCAAAACGUGGGGCCGCCGGCGGCUCUGCGUGCCGUCGAACGCGAGAUCCUGACGAUUAUCGACGGUCACGGGCUCAACAACGGGACCGAGAUCAUGGCCGAUAAACUCUGCGGCCGCUACCGAGAGGCCCACGGCAAGGACAUCGACUACCGCGCGCUGGGCUUCAAGAAGUUCAAGCUGCUCGUCGAGCAGCUGCCCUCCCUCAUCUGGGUCGCCAAACCCGGCGCCCCUCCCUAUGUGAGGCGCUUGCACGCGGCGCCGUCCGCGGCGACGCCGGCACCCGCUCCUGCAACGACGCCGGCCGCUCCCGCAGCGCCGACGACCCGCGAUGGAGUCGUCGACGCGCUUGCGACGUGGAUUGGCGGGUUGCCGCACCCGCGCGCACGGUCGACGGACGUGGACCGCUGGCUGGCGUGGCACCGCGCACGAAGUGACGUCGUGCCCGAGGGCCUCGACUGGCUGACUGUCGGCCAGCUCGCGCCGCACGGCCUCCGCAAGCGCCGCGCGACUGAGGGCGUUUUCUGGAUCGAAGUCGCGGCGGCGGCGAGCGCGCCCGCGCCGGUGCCGUCCACGGCGACGUCGGCGCCCGCUCCCGCGGUGCCGGCGGCGCCGGCUUCCGACGGACCCGUAGCGCCGGAGCCGACGGACCCGCUCGCGCUCUUUAUGACGCGGGCCCGCGCGUACGUCGAUCGCGCCGGGGCGCUGCUCGGAAACGACGCGCCAGGCGCGACCAAGCUCCCGACGCCGCGCAAGCAGCUUAUCGAGCUAUGUGCUCAGCAGUACGGCCUGCGCUUCCAAGACCGAGCCGACGGCGAGCAUUGGGUCCUGGUCGAUGGCGAUCAAUGGCUCGCGAGCCAACGGCAAGCAGUGGAAGCCGCGUUCGACGGCGCCGCGGCACCACCGCCGCCGUCGAGCUCGCGCCGCGGCGAACCCGCCGCACUACGCCGUCUCGAGUCGCGGGCAAUGACCCACGUCCGCGAGCUCCUCUCAGAACGAGGGAGCAUCUACAUCUCGGACCUCUCCAGACUUUAUCGGGAAAAGUACGGCAGCGGGUUCGACUACAAGCGGCUCGGCUUCGCGAAUAUUGGUGCGUUCGUGAGGGAGAUGCCGGGCCUGGAGUGGGAGGACGCGGGCGGCGGCGUCGUUAGAUUGGCGCAGGCGCCGCCGCCGGGAAGCUUUCCCGAUCAGCCCGCGCCAAGCCGGGAGACUAUCCCGCUCGUGUCCGAGAUCCGCGACACCGAGGGGAUGCGCGCGCUCGCGGCGUUCGUCGCCAAGUGCCCGCAGGGAAGACUCGCGCUCAGUAAGGACGACGAGGACCCAGACGAAGCGCGAUUUGGCCUCAGUAAGGAGACGAUUAGGGCGCAAGCCAGAAGCGUCGGCCUCGUCGUCCACGAGAACGCCAAGUGCGGCGUAUUUACGCUGCUGAGCACGGUGAACAGGCCGGAGAGAUGGGCGCUCUUUUCAGAAGCCGAGGACUUGUCACGGCUGGCGGGCGCGACCGCGGCUCUGGCGCCUUCGGCGGCCGUCGAACCCGCGCCGUUAGCGGCGGUUUUGGCGCCGGUGCCGGCACCUGCGCCGCGCACCGAAGUUGACAGCGGCUCGAUCGCUGUGAGGCUCGCUGCUUUGCGCGCCGCCGGCGUCGUGACGGGAGCAGAAGCCGAAGAGUUGGCACGACGGGCGCGCGCGGACGAACUCCGGGAACUCCGGGUCCGGGAUCCGCCGACGUCGCUCGAGGCGCUCCGGGCCGCGGGUAUACCGCCGCCGCCGCAACCGCGGGAGUCGACGCACCUCCCAGGCUUCGCGCCGGCGACGGCGCCGGCGCCGCGCGAGGAAGGCUGGGUUGAGGGCGGCUCGACGGCGGCAAGGACCGCGAUCGAGGCGCUCCGGGCCGCGGGAGUUCCGCCGCCGCCGCCUCCGCAUCCGCGGGAGUCGGUUCAUCUCCCAGGCUUCGCGCCGGCGCGAUUCCGCUCGAGCAGCCCCCUCCACGACGACGCGGCGGCGCUCCGGGAACGGUCGGCUGCUGACGACCGCGCCGAGGCGGGCCUCGAAUAA